CUCAACAGCCAGCCUCCCCUCCCCCUCCCCUCCGCUCCGCUCCGCCUGCCGCCGACCACCGCCGCCGAGGCCUAGGAUCCGCCCGGCCACUCCCCGACCCGUCGCGGCCCCCGGACCAACCGCGCCAUGGACAGCGACGACGAGGAGAUGCGCGACGCCUCCUCCUCCUCCGUCGCCGCCGACGACGGGGAGGACGACGGCGGCGCGGGGUUCGAGGGGGAGGGGGAGGGGGACGGGAAGGAAGGGGUGAUGGUGGUGGAGGUCCGGUGGUUCGAGGUCGACCUCGACUACGAGUACGACGCGCCCCGCUGGUUCGACCUCGCGGAGGACGAGGCCCCCGUCGAGGCCGCCGCCGCCGAGCUCUGGUUCGCCACCGCCCCCAGCUACCCGCCCUCCCCGCUGAUUGCAAUGAUGUUGGCUGAAGACCUUGGGCUGCCAAACCUAAGAAGCAUCACAGUUGCAGAUAUACAGGCUGUGCACUGCCCUAAACCGUCUCAACGUUGUUCCGGUGCAACUGAACAAAGCACAUACCAAUCACAUGUACCAGAUGAAGGACGGAUACCAUGCUAUGGAACAGCAAAAGUGGAACGAAAACCUGUCACUCGAAGUGCUGUGAGGGGGAAUUUAUCCAAGGGGUCCACACUGAUGAAGCCUACAGCCAGUCAAUUGGCCAGGCAACACAAGCAACUUGAAGUGAAGAGUGCUCUGCCGAGUAAAAAGUCCGUUGGAGUGAGAAGUGACAGAAGCACUAUGAGCUCAAACGAUUGCACACACCAAGCUGGCAAAAGGCAGAAACUUGAAAAAGGUCAUCUCAACAAGGUUGUUCCUACAAAUCAACAUGAGUUAAUUCACAAGGCCCAUGAAAAGAAUGUUAUGAGCAGUAGCUAUGAUCGUGCCACUGUUCUACCUAAAUUAAAGAUUACAGUUCCGAGAGAACCUGAGUUGGCCACUAAGCUGAGAGCAGAGAGGUCAAGGAUUCUAAGAUCAGUCCCAAGUAAUUCAAAGCAGUUAAACAGACGGGAUUUACAACCUGCUUGGACGACACAAUCGGCACCGACCAGAAAGGUCGUGCAACCUUUUCGGGCUCAUCAGCAUGCAAAUGUACAAAAUGUCAAUGUUGCACCAAAAACGCCAGUGUGUACAUCUAAUCGUGCAAUUAGUCUUAACAACAUUGAUAAAAAAUCAGAAGAUGACCGAGAUGGCACGACAGGCACGUUUAAAUUUAAAGCUCUGCCACUGGAUAAAAAGAUAUUGGCAAGCAGAGGAGAUAUCGGUGUAUUUCAAACUGCCAAAAGAAAUCCUACAGUGCCUAAGGAAUUCAACUUGUCAACAAGCCGGAAGAGCAAGCAACCUCCAUUAUCCGAACUCUUUAACAAGCUUUCUUUAAGUACCGAAGCCUGCCGUGCCAUGGACCGUCGGGCCAAUGAACGCCCAAAUUAUAUCACUACCAAGGACUGCAAAGAGAACAUGAUUGGUGCCAUUCAUUGCUAGCUCUAGUAAGCGUUAUCAUUAACUACCUGACCGACUUUAGUCAAGGAAAACAUGAUACAGUUCUCUUUGACAGCCUGCACAAAGGUUAAGCGUCUAAUUUUGGAGAGUAGGACACCGACUCCUAAGUCUAACGAGAAGGAUGAAGCGAUACCAUUAUCUGCCAUGAAGGUGCCCUCCCCCAGCGGGCAGGCGAUCUCCGGCAUCGGAUUGGAUAGUUUUGAGAAACCAGCCGAUUUCACCCUGUCACGGCUUAUCUUUCAUUGCCGUGCUGGAGAUUCAUCCCUUUUUGUACAGCAACCAGCCCAGCCAUAGCUCGUAGUGGCGGUGUGGUGUGGGGAGGGCGACCGGCCUGACCUGACCUGGCGUGCCUGGUGGUGGGUUCUGAAGUUGCCUUGUGAUCUGGCAAAGUUGUUCUCUUUUGCUAUAUGGAUUGGUCGCCCAAUUUUCGUUUGGACAUGAUCAAUUCUGAACGUUUGGAUUUUCCACACGGAAAAUCGAACGUUUUUUUACGGCAACUUUAGUGACCCGAGGAAUUAAAAUUGCCAUGCAUGCCAACUAAGCUUUCAUCCUCGUGUCAACUAAAGUUGCCAUAAAAAAUGUUUGGUUUGCCAUGGGCAAAUCUCAAACGGUCAGGAUUUAUCUGGGUCCUUUUCUGUUAUGCCCUGCAAAAUGUUUCUCAUUGGGCUCCUGGGUCGUAUCGUGAAUGAAUCUCGCGUGACGAAGCUGUCGACUAUUGAGAUGGGCAGAGGAAGAGGAUGAAAACUUUUUCUUUAA